UUCCAGUUUCAGUUUUUCAUAAGUAGGAGAGAAAAAGGAACCCCUUUAUUAAACCCACGAAAAAGAUUGUUCAUUUUAUACCUGUUCUGUUCUUGGGAUCAAAUUGCUGACAAAUUUUUCUGGGGAAUGUUGUGUUUCCUGGAAUUUCCUUCGUGGGUUUUGGUUUUUGGGUACAAAGAUUAAGAGGGUACUGACUGUAAGAGAAAAAGGACGAAGAUCGGUGAAGGUGGUCGUGAUUUGGUUCCUUGCUUGUGAUCUUGGGAACAUGUGAAUAAGUUCUGGCGUGGUGUUCCCUUGAUUUUGACCGUUUGAAGCGCUUGGUACUGGGUUUGCAUUAGGGUUUUGCUUAUUCUGAGUUUAGGUAUCCAAAAGUAUUGCUUCCAAUAUCUCAGAAAUCAUUCUGCAGUAUUCAUCGAGGAGUCAUUGUAUGGUAUUCGGUCUAUUUUCGGUUGAAAAACUGAGGAGGAUUUUUAAGAGAAAUAAGGAACAGAAAAACAAGUAUGGUCCCAAAGGGACGCCAGAAUGCUACUGACUCUCCAAAAGUAGAGGUGGGAGAAAUAGACACUAGUGCACCAUUUCAAUCUGUUAAAGAUGCUGUUAAUCUUUUUGGUGAAGGUGCUUUCUCUGGGGAAAAACCUGCGAUCAAGAAGGUCAAACCACACUCUGCAGAGAGAGUAUUGGCCAAGGAGACACAACUUCACCUGGCCCAAAAGGAGUUAAACAAGUUAAAGGAACAACUAAAAAAUGCUGAGGCAACUGAGGCCCAGGCACUUGUAGAGCUUGACAAUGCUAAGAGAAUGGCAGAGGAUCUAACCAACAAACUCAAAACUGUUAAUCAAGCUAAAGAUUCAGCAGUCAAGAUAACAGAAGAUGCAAAGAAUCGGGCAAAGCAGAUCAAAGAAGCAAAAUCUAGUGAUCUUCCUGGAUCUGAUGGUAUAAGGAAACAGGACUUGGAAGCUGCAAGGGAACAAUACAUGACUCUGAUUACUGAACUCAAUGCUGCCAAACAAGAACUCAGGAAGAUUCGUCAGGAUUGUGAUGCAGCCUUGGAAGCGAAGGUUGCUGCCUCCAACCAAGCAGUGGAAGCUGAAAGUGCAGCCAAAGCAAAUGUGGAGAAAGUUGGUGAGCUCUCCAAAGAAAUUUCAGUUUUACAGGAAUCAAUUGGACAAGUGAAGCUUGCAUCUCUGGAAGCACAACAAGAACAAGCUAUGGUGUUUGCUGAAAAGGAAACCCAGAGGCAAUCAUAUAAAGCUACUCUAGAAGAAUCUGUAAAGAAAGUGCUUGCUUUGAAGAAUGAAUUUGAUCCUCAACUCAACCAAAAUCUUGAAGCACAACUGGCUGAAACAGUCAAUGAAAUUGAGGUUCUGCAGAGGCAGAUGGAAAAUGCAAAGGCUUCAGAUCUAGAGUCUGUGAAAGCUGUGACCUUGGAGUUGGAUGAUGCUAAGGAGUCACUACAAAAGGUUGUUGGAGAGGAAACCUCCUUGCGGAGCUUGGUGGAGUCUCUUAAGGCAGAGCUGGAGAAUGUGAAGAAAGAACAUUCCGAACUGAAAGAAAAGGAAGCAGAAACAGAAUCCCUUGCUGGGAAUCUGCAUGUCAAACUUCGAAAAAGCAAAUCUGAGCUUGAAGCAUCCCUUGCAGAGGAAUCCAAAGCAAGAGGUGCUUGUGAAGAAAUGAUUUCAACCCUCCAGCAGCUGUCAAUAGAAACUGAGAACGCUCGACAAGAAGCAGAAGAGAUGAAGAAAGGAGUUGAGGAGUUGAAGAAGGAAGCAGGAGUGUUGAAAGUUGCACUUGAGGAAGCAGAGAAGAAGUUGAGACUUGCUCUGGAAGAAGCCGAAGAAGCAAAAGAAGCUGAGACUAGGGCUCUUGAUCAUAUUAAGGAAUUGUCUGAGAGAACUAAUGCUGCACGUGCCUCAACCUCUGAGUCUGGAGCCAAAAUCACUAUCUCAAGGGAAGAGUUUGAAUCUUUAAGCCGGAAAGUUGAGGAGUCUGAGUCAUUGGCAGAAAUGAAAGUAGCUGCUGCCAUGGCUCAGGUGGAAGCUGUGAAGGCCAGUGAAAAUGAGGCUUUCAAGAGGUUAGAAGUGACUCAGAAGGAGAUUGAAGACAUGAAGUCUGCAACUGCGGAUGCUUUAAAGAGAGCAGAGAUGGCUGAAGCAGCAAAGAGGGCAGUGAAGGGAGAGCUCCAAAGAUGGCGUGAACGCGAGCAAAAGAAGGCAGCAGAAGCUGCAUCUCGGAUUUUGGCCGAAGCGCAGAUGUCAACAGAAGCCUCCCCACAGCACUAUAGGAUUCAAAAGCAAAGCCCACCGGGAAGAAUUAUUGAGACCCAAAAAUUGGAAAAGGUGAAGACUUCUGUUUCCAAAAAAGUGCUUUUGCCUAACAUCAGCGGUAUCUUUCAUCGAACAAAGAAUCAAAUUGAAGGUGGAUCUCCUUCUUAUCUUCCAGGUGAGAACCCUCUAUGAGAAUUUCCAUUUCGAGACCUUGUACAAUUAUGAAUGGAUGUGCGUACAUCUGAGAGUAGUGGAAUGAAAUUUGUUAUUCUUGUCUGUUUGGUGAGAUAAACUCACUGUACCUAAGGAUGAGUUGGGAAGCAACUCCAGGGAUCCAACUUUUGUAAAUGGUACAAGUUGGUUAGGUUAUCAGUUGAUGAUUUUGCAAUGAAAAUGAAUGCUUUGUGUAUCAGAUGCAACUAGUUCGUAAUGACAAAAUUGAAGAGAUCCUGAAGCCCCCAGACACCAAUUGGAUGGCAAUAUGGUAAUGUCAUUCAGGAUCAUGUCCUUCCAUCCAUAGCCAUCGUGUUCCAUGGUAUCUUUAACCCAAUAAAUGUAUCCAUAAGAAUGAGGGCCUACUUCACGUGAGAAGAAGGUUUGGUAAGAACCCUGUGUCUAGUUUGGUUGAAAAAACAAUCCUUCACUAAUUUAUGGCAUCUCUUGUUCUGUAAUCUCCCUAAACAGAUUAGUUUAUUACAGAAGAAAAGUGUGUUAAGUAUGGAAGAAAGAGGAGGAAAGAUCAGAAUGCCUAAGUGAAAAGGGCACUUUAGAAUCUGAAUUGGACAUGAGAAUUAGAAGUCAUCUUCAUGAAAAUGAAGAUCAUCCUUGAGA